UUUUUUUUAUUAUUGCAAAUAGGGUAUUAUUUACGGAACUCACAGCGAAGGCCGUGAUGAAGAAAACAAGGUUGCAGUGAAGAAAUGGAAGUGUAAUUGACGGCGCUGUUUGGGAGAAUUGUACGUGCGACUUGUUUGCCAGAUUGCUUUGCAGCAGUUUCGAAUCCGGUUGGAAAAUUUUGUGGGUUUUGGGAGGAGGGGGUCGAAAGGGAUGGCAAGGAGAAGCUGCGUGUGUGGAAUAUGCGAGAGCGUGAACUUGCCCUCCGUUUGCUCUGCUUGCAUCAAUUACAGGCUGCUAGAGCGGUACAAAUUGUUGAAGAAUUUGGCGCAGGGCCGCGACUUCCUUCGCCAGCGCUUAGAUGAGAAACUCAUUGCUAAGCGAGAGGCUGAGCUCCAGCAACACUGGCGUGUGGAGCACGCAGAGCGCAGGGCGCAGCUGAAAGAGCGCCUGCGGCAGUGUAAAGAAGAUUUUAUUCAAGGGAAAAUGAAACGGGACCUUAUGCAACAUGAUUUAGACGCCCAAGUUAGAUUCCUUUCUGCAGCUUCUGCCCAGGUUGCGACGAAGAGGUUAGAACUGCUGGCGCAUUUCUAUCCCGAUUUGAUUCGUGCGCAGUCUCUUGUUCAUACAGCGGUGGCAUCUGAUUUGUAUCAGAAGCGCAGGAUGGUCAUUAGACAACUCUGCAAGAUUUUACCACUUCGUCGAAGCUCCAUGACAGUUGAAGAGCGGCAGAAGUGGGAAGGAAGUUGUAGUGGACCACAAUCUGUUCGAAUUUGCGGUGCGCGCUUGCCUCUUGGUGAUGAUCCUUUGACCACUCCACACAUGGAACUUGCGGCAUCGUUGGGGUAUAUGGUUCAGCUAGUUAGCCUGGCUGCACGUUAUAUAUCGGGGCCUCUCUUACAUAGUUCUGGUUUUGCGGCCUCGUCAUCACGUGUGUGGCAAAGAUCUUCUUACUUUGACUCAAGACCAGCUUCUCGAAGUGAGGAGUUCCCUCUGUUUAUUCCACGCAAAGGAGGAUGCACCUCUUCCGGUGACGACAACGAGCUCAGCAAGAGUGUUGGUAGCACUCUAGGCUUUUCAUCUAUGGAGAGCCCACGGAUUGAUACCGUAGAAAGCACCGCCAGUCUUGUCAAUUAUGGAACUUCAAGUGGCACUCGAGAGUCAUAUCCGGACGUUCAGAAAGGCAUCAAACUUCUGCGCAGGAGUGUUGGAUGUCUAUGUGCAUAUGGUUUCGGGCAGCUUUCUCUUUCUGUACCCACGGACAUGUCCAUCUUCGAUGCUUUCGCGGAGCUCCUCAAUAUUCUUUCGUCAAAAGAGACACGAUCAAGGUCUAGCAGAGGUAACCAACAGCCUAACGGCAAGUUUGGUCUUUCAGAAGGUCCCUUGGCUCGUAUGAGAAGUGGACUGGGAGGCAUGUCGGACCCAAAUCGGUUCUCCCCAGGAUCCCUGAGCCAGAGAACUCCUAAGGGGAAGGUGACUAGCUGGAACGGCUUCUACGACGUCAGUACAGAAUCAGAGUUCAUGGAAGCUGGGCCAAACUCGUCUGACAGCACUGUAGAUGGUUGGAAUCUUGUGGAGCAUCCCAGACUGCCUCCUCCACCUUCUAACUCUGAGGAUGUAGAGCACUGGACGCGGGCAAUGUUUAUUGAUGCCACCAAGUAAUGGUUUUACCUACUGUUCAGUUUGUCCUCUGUACAGUACCCUAUCCAGGUCUCAAAUGUACAUAAUAUAUGGCUCGUUUAAUUAGCUCUAAUAGGACCAUUCUGGGGAUAUAAACCAAUUGUGUAGAUUUGCAUCCAAUUAUAUUCAUACUUGGAUUUACCAAUCGACUUUGUUUCGACCAUGUAGUUCACGGACUCAGGACAUUGACUUGCUUAGAAGAAUGGUAUGUAGACCAGUUUGUUAGAAGCUAACUUACAAGGUUCUGGUAAAACUGUAGUACAGGUUCUUGACCUCUACUGCACAAAAUGGAUGAUCAUGGACUCUUACUUCGCAUCCUGGCUGCACGGGUAGUGAAGCAUAGACUAUGAGGAAGUUUGUUUAAGUACCCAAGGCAGGUGAUAGUCUCGAAGUAUGUGAGCGUAGUUCCUGGUGACAAACAUGUUGAGGAGACGUACUGUUUGUGUACACUAAUGAAAUGACAGGCGGUCCUGUGGCAGUUACAUGUUGAGCAUCGAAGAGAUAUGUUAUUCAAUUUUGAAGAAUUCAUUCCAUAUUCUAACGA